AUGAUGCAGCAGAACAAGCCAGCAGCAGCAGCAGCAGCAGCAGCAGCGCACAAGAGAAGGCAGAGGCAAAGGACCCAUCGUCAGCAGCAGCAGCAGCAGCAGCAGCAGCAGGAAGCAAGGAAAGCACAAUGUAUAAGGCCCCCCUUCCUUCCUGCUGUUCCCGGCAGCGGCGCUUGCUGCUGCCCCGUCUGUCUGCCCGUGACACCCAGCAGCAGCAGCAGCAGCAGCAGCAGCAGCAUGAGCUUUUUGGGGUUGCAGCAGCUGCUGCUGAGUGCUGCUGCGGACUCUAGCGACGGCCUGUCCUUCGAUUCAGCAACAGACGGAGGUGAAGCCAGCAGCAGCAGCAGCAGCAGCAGGUACAGCAGCAGCAGCACGAAACCUGCAACUCCAGCAGCUGUUUCUCUCCCUAUUAUGAUUACUCAAAGCAAAAGAAACAGCAGCAGCAGCAGCAGCAACAGCAGCUCACCAGAGCCUGCUGAGUUUUUCACCCCGCGCUCGGCGCUUCCGUUGCGCCAGCAGCAGCAUCAGCAGCAGCAGCGGUGGCAGCAGAUGUGGCAGCAGCAGCAGCAGCUGUGGCAGCAGAAGUGGCUGCAGCAGCAACAAGAGGAGCACACUUCAGAGGACGAGGGAUGGCAGCUGCAGCGCCGGCAGCGCCGCCCCCAUCCUCCUUCUCAGCAGCAGCAGCAGCAGCAGCAGCAGCAGCAACAGCGGCAGCAGCAGCAGCAGCAAGGCGAGGUGAAUGCGCAGCCGGCGACCCCACAAGUCGCCCCACGCAUGCAAGUAAAGGCAACAGAAAUAAAUAAAAGAAAUAGGGGCUGGCAGCAUCUGCAGCAGCAGCAGCAGCAGCAGCAACUCGAGCUGCUGCAGCGCAAGGAGCGAACUGGCAGCUGGCCGUCUUUGCAGGCUGCUGCUGCUCCUCCUCGUGCUGCUGCUGCUGCUGCUGCAACACAGGUGAAGUCGAAAGCAGCAGCAGCUGCUGCUGCAGCUGCAGAGACAGGGAAUUUGGAGGAGACACAGCAGAAAUAUUGGCACUCUGCAGCAGCAGGUGCAGAGGCAGUGCCAGCAGCAGCAGAUCCACGAGCAGCAGCAGCAAUUGGUGGAAGGGAAAGAAAAGAAGCAGCAACAAUGGAAACAGCAGCAGCGGCGCAGGCAGCAGCAACAGCAACACAAGUGGCAGUAACAAGAGAAGCAAUUAAUGCGGCAGCAGAAGCAGCAGCAGCAGAAUGUAUAGCGGAAGCAGCUGCAGCAGAGGCUGCUGCUGCAACCGAUGCCGCUGAGAUGGCAGCAGCAGAAGCAACAGCAGCAAUCGAAGCAGCAGCAGCAACAACUGCAGCAGCAGCAACAGUCGCUGCGCACGAAGCAGCAACAAACGCAGCAGCAGCAGUAGAAACAGCAGCGGCAGCCACAGCAAAGGAAGCAGCAGCAACAGCAGCAGCCGCAGCCCCCCACCCGCAGCAGCAGCAGCAACGGCAACCGCUGCAGCAACGAUGGCAGCAGCAGCAACAGAGGUCCUAG